CCGCCCAUAGGGACACCUCCUCUAACGGCACUCUCCCGUCAGCUGGGCUGCAAUGGUCUCCACCAGGCACGGUGCUUUCUCUAGGAAGUCAGUACACACCCAGACCGACUGCCCGUCCAAACAUGCGGCAGUUCAGGUCUCCGGAUGCGGGGAGUGUCUGAGCCUCUUGCUGCCAUCGGCGGGAGGCAGAGGGACUGCUUGCGUGAGGUUAAGGAUCAGCUGGAGGAAGAGACGGAGGUGGUCCCAUUCAGGGACGGUGCUUCAGGUCCUGCUGUGCCCUUCCCGCUGUUGGGAGCCAGGCUGAGGGGAUCCAGGGGCUUCCAGCGACUGGGAUCAGCCCUGAGAUACCACACCACCUACCACAAGCAACACCGCACUUGUGCGAUACCUAUUGGUCUCUUGGUGGGGACUUUUGGGGACGCAUCUUUAAGUCGUCAGAGUUUAUCUGAGAAAGAUCCAGGGGCCUUGAAACAUCUUGAACCACAAUCACAAAACACCUGGUAUGGACUGGGAGGUGCCGGCGCCUUAUGACCCAAGUCUCCCUGGUCAGCCGGCCACUGGUGGCCGUGUCACAGCAGAGCGGUGGCUGUGUCACAGUGGCCCCGUGACACAGCCUGGCUGGCUGGGGUAUAAAAGGGGACGUGGGCGCCUGUCCUGCACUCUGGAUUGUUCAGAGGACGAGUGCAGAGAUGAGCCUGAACGCGACCUCUGCCAAGGCGAGGAAAUCCUCCUGCAUGAAGUCGACCCGGAUAGAACUCUGGGACAGCAUGCAGCGCAGGUGCCUGAUGCCCAACGUCACCGCCAAAGAGCAAACAGACGUCUGGAAUACGGUGGCCGGCUACGUGCUGCGGCAGCUCCUGCGAUGCAAGGGCGUCCGAAUUCCCACUCUCGGCUCCUUCGACAUAAUCCAGAAACAGAUCCAAGCUGGGGACAGGGCUGUGAUUUUGCAGUGGCCGGUGUUUCACCUGGCCACCAACCUCAUAAACAUGCACCACCUUGUGGAUAGCAAGGGCAGCCUGCCAGCCCAUAAGAAGCUGGAGCCUCUGAGACGUGCCGAGGUGGCGGCGAACGCCUGUGUAUCCUGGCAGAAAGCUGACAGCUGCAUCCGAGGCACCAUGUCCCUCAUCUCCCAGUGCCUGCGGGAGGGGGAGAACAUCGCCCUCGUCCUGAGGGACGUGGGGGUGCUCCUCAUCGAAGGCACCAGGGUGGAGAUGAAAUUCUACUAUGACUUCCUGGAGAUGCUGUGUGGGAAGGAGGACCUUCAGAACGUGGUUUUGAAGGUCCCGCAGCUGAUGGACACCGUGGUGUCCCGGCUGGCAGUCGUGGCCUCCCUGAUGUCCUCUGGCCGUGUUGUCAUCUUCCCCGAGUUCGACAUGGAGUUGGUGCCCAAAUCAUCAUCCAGGAAACCCGCCAAGGCCUCAGGAAAACUCCCCGGGGAGGAGAAGAAAAAGAAAGACGGGGUCUUGCCACCUCUCAGCCAAGGCAAGAAAGCCUCAGUGGGAUUGCUCGACCUGCCUUUCACUGUGCGCUCGAGUAUCCCCAAAUACGAGAUCCCAUGGCUGAAGGAAACAAAAGCAGCGGAGAACGGGAAGAAGUCUGGGAUCAGCCGGCUGCCAGCGAUCUUGGGGCUGCCUCCUGCCAAAAAACAGCCUUUGGCCAGCCAAGACCAGGGCGAACUCAUAACCAGAAGUGAAACACCAGGGACGAGCCAAGCACAGGCAGCGACACCUCAGGGGGUCACAGGAGAAGAGCGAGCAGUGGAGAAAGCCCUCCGUGGUGGUGGACUGCCAGGAACUCCAACAAAGACAAACUACAAGAAGCUGUCUCACCCUUUGAGACCUCCGACUGUGAAGAAAGUCCCCAAAAUAAUCAUAUCACCAUCGAGCUCCAAGGAGAGCCUGCCCCUGAGGCCCCACUAUAACACCUCCCUGCUGAUGCCCACCCUGGACGGUACAUCCAAGACAAAGGUACCCGAACCGUCCAGAGCAAGGCACCUGGGGCCGCAGAGGCCCCUUUCACAGUCUGAGAUCGUGAAGCUUAGGAAGCAUCACCUCAAAAAGUAA